AUGGAAAAUAUAAAAUUAACAGAAUUGAGAAAAAUCGCAAAAGAGCGAAUAAAUAAAUAUUAUUAUAGAAUGAGAAAAGCAGAUCUCAUUAGAGAGUUAGGACAAAGAUCACACAUAUUAGACGAGCCGAUUCCAAAACACAUUACACAAAAUGCUCUAACGCCUUCUCAGUAUGUUCUAAGUAAGUAUAUUAAUAUUGUUAAUAAUAAAAUUAAUUCAUUUGCUAAUUGGAUUAUGUCUGUUGUUCCUGAACCUAUUAAAAAUACAACUAAUGAGAAAAUCGAAUCAAUAAAAUCUACAGUUUCUAAUUUGUAUAAAAGAUUUAGAGUUAGAAAACCAAUAGAGUUUAAAUUAACACAAUCAGCUGUUAGAAACGUGACAAAGCAAUUUUCAGCUAAAGGUGUUGAAGGAUAUGAUGCUUUAUCAUUUAUGAAAUCAUUUAUAAAUAAUGCCAUUAAAAUACUGAAUAGCAAUAAAGGAUCAAAGAUCUAUAUCGUUCUUUCAUUACGAAUUGAACAUCCAGAGCCAAACACAAUGAUUGAGUUUACUAAUUACAAUAGAUCUAUGAGAGUACCCUUUGUAGUCUAUGCCGACUUUGAAAGUUUUAUAACACCUAUAAAUACUAGCUCACCUAAUCCGAAUGAAUCUUAUACAAAACAAUAUCAAAAACAUACACCAAGUUCAUUCUUGAAAAAAAAUGAUGUUGCAAAAAAAUUUGUUGAUAUGUUAGAAGAAGAUAUUAAGAAGAUUUACAACACUUAUUUAAAAUUUCCGAAAAAAAUGAUAUUUACACCUGAAGACAAAAAUAGUUUUAAUAAUGCAAAAGUAUGUCACAUUUGCGAAGAAGAAUUAAAAGAUGAUAGAAAAUUGUCAGAAAGAAAAUUAAGUUGCAUUCCUAACAAUGAAAAAAAGUAUAUCAGCUUUUCUAAAGAACUUAAAGUUGGUGAAUAUACGAAUAAAGAUAAUAAAGUUAUUGAAGUUAAACUACAACUCCGUUUCGUUGAUAGUUAUAGAUUUAUGGCUUCUAGUUUAGAUAGCUUGUCUAAGAAUCUAACAAAGGAGCUAUGUAAAAAUAUUGGAAAAUACUAUUCAGGAAAUGAUCUCGAUUUAUUAUUAAGAAAAGAAGCAGAUUUAGAAUAUCCUGAAAAUUUACAUGAUGCUCAUAAUGAUUAUCCACUUGCUCCUGAAAGAUUAAAAAUAUUCAAAGUUGAUAAGUUAGUACCUAAUUUAAAUCAUAAGAAAAACUAUAUCAUUCACUAUGAAAAUUUGAAAUUGUAUGAAAGAUUAAGAUUGAAAAUAACAAAAAUUCAUAGAGGAAUAAAGUUUGAAGAGAGCGCAUGGCUAAGAAAAACAAUGGAGAAUAUUAAUUUGGAAAAACAAUGGAGAAUAUUAAAAACAGAAUUUAAGCAAGACUUGUAUGAAUUUAAUUAUGAUUACAUCAAAAGUAAAUAUGGAGAUGAAGCAAGACUAUUAUUCACAGAUACAGACUCUUUAGCAUACGAAAUAAAAACAAAAGACUUUUAUUCAGAUAUUUCUAAUGAUGUUGAAAGUAAAUUCGAUACGAGUGAAUUUGACAAAAAUCACCCAGCAAUUCAAAAUGGAUUUAAAGUAGGGUUAAAUAAGAAAGAAUUUGGAAAGUUUAAAGAUGAAGUUGGAGGAGCACAAAUUAAAGAAUUUGUAGAAGAAAUAAAUAAAAUAGCACUCAGUGCAGAAGAUGACAAAAGAACUAUUUUAGAAGAUAGUAUACACGCAUUAGCGUAUGGUCAUUAUAAAUUAGUUCCUAUGAAUCCGAAGGAUCUAGCAGAGCAUGGGUCCCUUCAGGAUCUAGAAGAGAAACCCAACUUUUCAUUUCAGAUUGAUUGGAAUGAAAGCGAUAGUAUUGGCAAGCCUAACUUUUCAUUUCAGAUUGAUUGGAAAUAA